GCAUCGCCGCCAUCAACCACACUCAACUCCCACCCUCUCUACCGGGAGAUCCAUCUAACACUUCUCUGGACCUACUUUCCACGGCCAUCAGAGGCUAAAUCCACGCCGUAACUUCUUCUUUCUUCUCCACCGAUCUCUCUCCACCGACAACCGGUCCAGCACCAUCAUGGCCCAGGACGACAAGCCUGUCGCCGACAAAGGCAAGGCUCCUGCUGAUAAACAGACUACCGAAGUCCCCGGUGCAAAGGAGCCGCAAGAGCAGUCGACCAAGGAUGGCAAGAAGCCUGGCGACCUUCCACCUGAUGAUUUGAACGAGGAGGACCAGAAGCUCAAGGAUGAGCUCGACAUGCUUGUCGAGAGGUUACUAGAGUCGGACAAGUCGCUGUACAAGCCUGCCCUCGAAGCCAUCAAGACGUCCAUCAAGACGGCCACAUCGUCCAUGACCGCUGUACCCAAGCCUCUCAAAUUCCUCCGUCCACACUACGAGAAGCUCGAGCAAACAUACGAAUCAUGGCCUGCAGGCGACGAGAAGAACUCGCUGGCCGACACUCUGUCUGUGUUGGGCAUGACCUACGCUGAGGGAGACCGUACCGACACACUCAAGUACCGCUUGUUAGCACCAUCAGGCGAUUUGGGCUCAUGGGGCCACGAAUACAUGCGCCAUCUGGCCCUCGAGAUAGGUUCCGACUACCAGAAGCGCUUGACCGAGGAGCGCGAUGCUGACGAGCUCAUCACCUUGUGUCUGACCCUCGUGCCCUUCUUCCUGAAGCACAAUGCAGAGGCCGAUGCCGUUGACAUCCUGAGCGAGCUUGAGAUGAUCGAAUCCAUUGCCGACCACGUUGAUGAGAACACUUACGCCAGAGUCUGCCUGUACAUGGUCACCAUGGUACCGCUACUCACCUAUCCCGACAACGACCGCUUCCUCCACACCGCACAUGACAUCUACAGAAAACACAACAAACUUCCUCAGGCCCUCACCCUGGCCAUUCGUCUGAAUGACUUUGACCUUAUCAAGGCCGACUUCAACUCAACCAAGGACAAGAACAUGCGUAGACAGCUCGCCUUCGUACUCGCCCGCCAAAAGAUUCCUCUUGAGCUUGACGACGACGAGAAAGAGGAGGACCCUGAGCUCCAGGAGUGCUUGAACAACACCAGAAUGCCCGAUCAUUUCAAGGCCCUGGCCAAGGAGCUCAACAUCCUCGACCCCAAGGUUCCUGAGGACAUCUACAAGUCACAUCUCGAAUCGAGCAGAACCGUUGGCUUGACCAACAACGACUCGGCAAGACACAACUUGGCCGGUGCUUUCGUCAACGCCUUCGUCAAUGCCGGUUUCGGUACCGACAAGAUGAUGCUCGUUGAGGGCGGUAUCAAGUCAAGUUGGGUGUGGAAGACAAAGGAUGAUGGUAUGCUCUCUACCGCCGCCUCUCUUGGUGCCCUCAUGCUCUGGGACGUGGAAAACGGUGUCGAUAAGAUUGAUACAUACACAUACGUCCAGGAGGAGUCCAUCAAGGCUGGUGCUGCCCUGGCUACUGGUAUUGUCAACUCCGGUGUGCGCCUCGAGGCUGAUCCUGCCUUUGCUCUGCUCGGCGACAACCUCGACAGCUCAAAGUCAACGCAGGUCAGAGUCGCAUCUCUGAUGGGUCUGGGUCUGGCUUACGCUGGCUCCAAUCGUGAGGAUCUCCUCGAGCUACUUCUUCCCUUCGUCACCGACACUUCUCUCGACAUGCAGCUUUCUGCCAUGGCCGCUCUUUCGCUCGGUCUGAUCUUUGUUGGCUCUGCCCAAUCAGAUGUCAGUGAGGCCAUCAUCCAGACCUUCCUCGACGAUGACCGUAACAAGCAGCUCAAGGACAAGUGGACUCGCUUCAUGGCUCUCGGUCUUGCUCUGCUUUACUUUGGUCAGCAAGAAGAGGUCGACGUGAUUCUCGAGACUCUCAAGGCCAUUGACCACCCCAUGUCCAAGCCUACCUCUGUUCUUGCCGAGAUUUGCGCCUGGGCCGGCACCGGUGCUGUUCUGAAGCUGCAAGAGCUGCUCUACACCUGCAACGAGUAUAUCGAUGAGGAGGAUGAAGAGAGAAAUGGCGACAAGCUGGUCCAGACCUACGCUGUUCUUGGUCUGUCGCUCGUUGCCAUGGGUGAGGAGGUCGGCCAAGAGAUGGUUCUCCGCCAGUUUGGCCACUUGAUGCACUACGGCGGGCCCAACGUUCGCAAGGCUGUCCCUCUUGCGAUGGGCUUGAUUUCUCCCUCGAACCCUCAAAUGAAGGUUUACGACACCUUGUCGCGUUACACUCACGACAACGACCAAGAAGUUGCUAUCAAUGCAAUCUUCUCUAUGGGCCUGCUCGGUGCUGGUACCAACAACGCUCGUCUGGCUCAAUUGCUCCGCCAGCUUGCUUCAUACUACCACCGCGAGCCCAAUGCUCUGUUCAUGGUCCGCAUUGCCCAGGGUAUGCUGCACAUGGGCAAGGGUACUCUUUCACUCUCACCCUUCCACACCGACCGCAGUGUCCUUUCCAGAGUGUCAGCCGCCGGUCUCCUUACCACCCUCAUCUCCCUUAUUGACGCCAAGGAGUUCAUCCUCGGCGACUCACACUACCUCCUGUACUUCCUCGUUACCGCCAUUAACCCUAGAUUCCUCAUUACUUUGGACGAGGAUCUCAAGCCUCUCACAGUCAACGUUCGUGUUGGUCAAGCAGUCGACGUUGUCGGUCAAGCUGGUCGUCCCAAGACUAUCACUGGUUGGCAAACACAAAGCACACCUGUGCUGUUGAGCUACGGUGAGAGAGCCGAGCUUGAAGACGAGGAGUACCUCCCUGUUACAAAUGUCAUGGAGGGAUUGGUUAUCCUGAAGAAGAACCCUGAGUGGGAAGGAGCACAAGCAUAGACGGUAGCAUGGAAAUGAUAUGGUUUUGUCAAAGCAAAAAGUUCACAAGUUUGAGACUUUUCGACAUUUGACACAUGAAUGAACAUCAGACACAGCGCGAGUGGGCGCUGGGGAUGGAAAUGUAAUAUAGAGAAUACGGCGGUAGCAUAUUUCUCAUUGAAUGCACCUUUUUCACGACCCAACCACUUUAAUGGGC